CGCACGAGACUUUUGACACAGUCCCCAGCACGCGCGCAUUUGAGUCCAGAUCGCGGACUGUGCUGGAGGCGAGGAGGUAACGUUACAGUGAGACCAACUUCUGAUCCUGUAAUAUCUCAGAUUAUACUAAAAGGAAUAUGUAUACGUUACGAAUCGUGAUCUUUCUCGUAUGUGGUUUCGUGUUACUCAAGGUGUGCGGUGGCGCCUCUGUGGACAGGUAUGAGAGUGCCAAACCCAGAACAACAGUGGUCAACCUCUUUCACACCCUAGAGAAAAUAAACACAACAGAGCACCAGGUGGACAGUGGGACUAUUGUGGAUGAAGAUGACGAUUAUGAUGAAGACGGUUAUCUCUCUGAGGAUUAUGACUCUAACCAGCCAAGAGUGGCAUUUUCCACCAAACCCAAACAUCCAUCAGUGAUUCCCACUACUGAGAAGAAGACAAAAAAAGGAAAAAGGAAGGGCAAAGGAAAAGGCAAGGGAAGAAAGAAGAACCCCUGCCUGGAGGAAUACAAAGAUUUCUGCAUUCACGGAGUGUGUCAGCAUCUGAAGGAGUUGAACACUCAUUCUUGUGUUUGUAAAGCAGGAUACUCGGGAGAGAGAUGCCAUAUAUUUACCCUACCAGUUGGUAAGGAGGAACCGCGUUACAGCCGGACCACAGCUCUAGCGGUCAUAGCUGUGGUCCUAUCCCUCAUGUGUCUUGCAAUCAUCGCUAUUCUGCUGGCACUAAGGUACCACAAAAAAGGUGAUGCUGAUGUAGAAAGAGAAGAAAAGGUCAAACUUGAAGCAACGUCAGUACAGAAGUGAUAAGGGAAGAAAGGGCGAAGAAAGCCAAAAGGACAUGUGACCCAUGGAUAGAUAGCCCCCGUUCAAACUGAUCCUAUGCCCUUGAUGUCCUGCAGUCAUGGUGGCUGUCUAGACUGGCAUGAAGGAUGUUUUGAAUGCUGCUUCCAUGUGCAGUACAAUGUCCUUAUCAAUGUAUUCCCCUUGUGGAGAACAUACUGAGAGGACUGAGCCGAAUGAAUGUAUUGCGACUUUAAUCAAGUUGCUUUUUUGUUUGUUGCUUAUUUAUUUAUUUCAAAAAGGGUGUUUCUGGUUCCCUUUCCAAUGGUCUCUCCCAUUGCGUAUACAUGCUUAUGGGGGAAACUACUGUUUACUCUUGGUACUGAAGCCUGAUUUGUUCACGUUCGUGUACCUGCACAAACAAAUGGUGCUUCAACCCACCAAAAGGGGGGGAGCCAACUACUAUACAAGUCUGCUCAGAGUGCCAUUCGUCAAAAUGUUCUCCUUCAGCGACUCCUUGCUGGACUCUGAAGCAAGAAGCCGACGCCGAAGCUGACGCUAGAAGCCGGAGCUCAGCAGCUCGCCGUAGACCAGCCCCUGGCAGCGGAAGAUCGCUGAGCUCCUUCCCCUGCGGCCAUCCGGCAACUUAAAAGAGCAAAUUCUGAGCAAAUUUCAAAAGCAGAUAGGCACGGUGAGUGUGUCGCUUGACUGGGCUGCGCUCACCGGGACUGAUUACCCUAAUUGCGAGAGCUUCGCUCUCGGAUCGUCUUUUUCAACAGAGGCAGUCCUCCACAGCCUGCUUCCUCGUUUCUCCCCACCCAGGAGCCUCGGAGGAAGAAACAUCGGGGCA